CUCCAUAGGCUAACCAAUGCGUAUUGACGUAAUGUGUGUGCUUAUUUUAAGGUUAGAGUAAACUAUUUCAAAACAAUUAGAAUAAUUUUCAAUUAUGGAUAUCGUUAACGAAAUAUUAGAAAAAGAACAAAGGAAAACUGAAAAGUACAAACCAAUCACUGUUGAAAAGCAUUUAGAAUUGGAAAUUGAUGUUGGGACUCUACUCGCUUCAGACACAAAUGAUUUAGAUUUGAAAUCUUUGAGAUCAGAAAGUGAAAGAGAUUUAUGCUUACAAUCUCUGGCCCGUGACAACACACAGUUACUCCUGAACAAAAUAUGGGAGCUGCCCACAGAGAGGAUUGAUGAAGCCAUUGUUGUGAGACUACCUACCCCCAAGACAGUCCUCCCAAGAUCCAAGCCAGUGCCUAAACCUAAACCCUUGACAAAAUGGCAGGAAUUUGCUAAAGCAAAGGGAAUUACAAAAACAAAGAAGGAUAAACUGCAAUGGGAUGAACAGUUACAAAAAUGGGUGCCAUUGUAUGGUUUCAAGAGAACAGCAGCAGAAAAGCAAAAAGAUUGGCUCAUUGAAGUGCCUCAACAUGUAGACCCACUGACCGACAUGUAUGAAAAGAAAUCCAGUGAGAAGUCCGAAAAAGUUGCAAAGAAUGAGCUUCAACGAUUGAAAAACAUUGCCCGGGCCAAGAAAGUUAAGAUACCAAGAGUUGGACUGCCUGUGACAUCUGAUAAAGCAUCUGCCACACAGUUAUCAACAGCAGCUGUAUUAGCUAAAGCCUCAACAGCGUCACUCGGCAAAUUCCAAGACAAACUGCCAAAAGAGAAGGAAGCCAGAGGCAAAGGUAUACAUGAACUCAUACCUGGCAAAGAGAGAAAGAGAAGAGCUCCCAUACCAACACCACAAGUGGAGAAAGAGAAUAAUUUAAGCCUUAUAGACAGAAUCCUGAACAAGAGGCCUAAAAUUGAUAUGGACAAGGCAGUGUCAAAGCAUAUUAAUGAAGAACAAAUUCAGAGGUCUGAAGAGAAAAAGAGUAUGAAACCACCUAAAGGAAAGCGCAAGGCUGGUGCCCAGACUAACUUCUCAGCUAAAAAGCCAAAAGCUGGGAAAGGUCAAAGGAACCCAGGCAAAAAGACUCCAGGCAGAAAAAGGAGAUAAAAGCAUCUUGUAUCACAUGUUUGAUUUUAUUAAAGUCCCUAAAAUGCA